CAUGGCCCAAUCAUACUGAGCUUCUAUAUCAGAACCUUGUAAUUUUGUGGAAGUGCCGCUUCGCUAAGGACGCUGCCACUCUGAAUCCUGGUUCUCGAGAAUGCGGCGCAAAAUCUCAUUACAACACGCAGAUAGCCGAGCCGGGAUCGUAAUCGUCUAGCACUGUUCAGAGAACCUACAACUCUGAAGCCAACCUUGUACGCACAGCAGGUCACAACGGCAAGCAUCGCCAAGCUGCCUUGAACCCUCUGCAUAUUUGCUAUGCCCUCCCUCCAUCUCUGUAUAUCUUCACAAGAUGUUGCAUCGUGUGCGACUUACAUGCUGAAGUCAUGGAUGAUGUUCAAUAUCAGUCGUAUGGAGGACGAGGACCACUACUAGUCCGCAUAGCCAUCGUUGAGGCCGUCACCGCAACCAUUUUUCUCGUGCUUCGAGUUUACACUGUCGUUUUUAUCGCACCACGAAAAGCCUGGGAUCUGCUCUGGAGCGCCAUAGCUUGGGUGUCUGCUUUGAUCUCUAUAAUCUUCAUUUCAGUUGCAUGCCAUCACGGUAUUGCCAAUCACUUGGACAAUAUCGACCCAGAAGACUUGCCAACCGGCAAUCUAUUCAGCUGGCUGGCCGAUACAUUCUUCAUCCUCUCGUCUGGCACUGGCAAACUCGCAGUCAUAGCAUUACUCUUUCAUGUCCAAGGUCCAACGAAGCGAAAUGGUCGACGCUUCCUAUGGUUUAUUGGCGGCUCUGAUAUGUUCUGGAGCAUCUUCCAGAUGAUUUUUCUUUGGUUCCAGUGCAAGCCCAUCCACAAGCUGUGGCACCAGGAGAUAGCUGGGUCUUGUUUGUUGACAACGGCGAUCGUCAAAGUGGGCAUCUUUGUCGGUGCAUGGUGUGCUGCUUGUGAUUUUUUGCUGGCGUUUUAUCCAAUCUUCUUGUUCUGGAAACUGGAAACAAGCUGGAAAAUACGAGUGGGACUCUGUUUGUUGUUCUGCGGAGGUGCUGUCGCUGGUGCUGCAGCGAUCUUGAAAACAUAUUAUCUGAUGAAUCUCGCGGUCGCCAAAGACUUGACAUACGCAAUAUUUCCAACGGACACCUGGGCGAUCACCGAGCAAUACUUGAUCAUCAUCAUGUCAAGCAUCCCAGCCAUCCGCCCUCUAUGCGCCCGUGUCUUCCGAAAAGCUUCGAGUAAAUUAUCCACCACAAAGACCAAUACACAUCCGACCUCUCAGACCCGCUGGACGGAACUACAGAGCUUCAGGAAAACCAUGCAACCAAGCACUACACAGAGCAUGGCAGCAGCUCAUUAUUGCGAACAUAAUGAAAGCUCAGAAGAGAUCUUGGCCGCACAUACGGGGGAACAAAAGUACCACAGUGGUAUCAUGGUAACGACACAAGUCAGCAUAAGCCCAGAUCACCAAGAGGAAGUGGAUAAGCAAUCAUAUGCAGAUUCGAAUGUUAGCACAGAACGAGCAACACGACCCGAAUGAGAACAGUCAAAAUGAUCAGCCAACACACACAACAGGAGAGGCUUCUCCUCGGUAGCUGCAUCAUUCUUUAAUACCUUUGUGUCUCUCCAGAGAUCUCGUUGCGUGACUUGUCACGGUGAGGCGUGGCUGCGAGAU